UAGUUUGUCUCAUUCCUCGCAUACUUUAUUCGCUUGUCGUUUGUAUGCAGUGCUUAGCUUUACCUCAAAUCAGCCACUGUUGUGACUCAUUUGACGAAUUAGGUUACACAAGCCGAUAACGUUCUCAAUUCUCAACAGCAAACUGCAAUUGUUCAGCGCUUCUCUACUUUUACACCGUGGCUUCUGGGAAUUUUUCUCAAGUCGUCUGCAAAGCGCCAAAAAAUAAGACAUUGUAGGACAGAGUUUGAAUCGUUCAAAUUUUUAGCAUUUUUCUUGAGCCGUUCUUCCGGAUUGCUAGAUUGUGGUAGCAAAACUCAACUCAUAACUGGGUCUAGCGUAAGUUCCUCUGGCCGCAAAGGAGUAUACAAGUUUUUAGUUAGUUAAGUUGUCCAAGUAAAACCGCCAAAAUUUCGGACCACGAAGACGAGAUGACAAAUUCCUCGGACGAGGGCAAAGCAAAAAGCCCAGUUGAUAUGGCCAGCGAUGCUGAAGGAGUUUGGUCUCCAGAUAUUGAGCAGUCUUUCCAAGAAGCCCUGGCGAUUUACCCUCCAUGUGGAAGRCGAAAAAUAAUCCUUUCUGAUGAAGGCAAGAUGUACGGUCGCAAUGAACUGAUUGCACGCUAUAUCAAGUUAAGAACAGGGAAAACAAGGACAAGAAAACAGGUUUCAAGUCAUAUACAAGUGUUAGCAAGGAAAACUGCAAAGGAUAUCCAAGGAAAGUUUAAGGACCAAGCUGCCCGCGAUAAAGCACUUCAGACAAUGGCUUCCAUGUCAUCUGCUCARAUCGUUUCAGCCUCUGUCAUCCACAGCAAGAACCUGUCAGGGGCAUCAAACUUUUCAAGCCAGGAAAACCAACAACCGUCCUACCAGUACUGGCAACAGCCAGGAUCCAAUCAGCAGCCAGKUAACUAURCACCUGUCAAUCAUUCCCCAUAUGGAAGUCCAAUACAGCAAGGUGGCAAUGUAGUAUCCACGACAACAUCAUGUAGCUCUGAAGGGGCUGUCGUCAGCACACAAGAUGGUUUGGUGCGUAGUACAACAUAUGGAGACACAAGAACUGGAGUGAACAGUCCACCUGCUGGUGUUGCAUCAUGGUCAGGAAGCAGAAGGCCUUCACAAAUGCCUCUUCGUUUGCUGGAGUUCUCAGCAUUUCUAGAACAGCAGACCGUUGAUCCAGAAACRUACCAUAAACACCUGUUUGUACACCUUGGACCAAAUACUAACUUUACCGACCCACUACUGGAGGCAGUAGACAUUAGACAAAUAUAUGACAAAUUCCCUGAGAAGAAGGGAGGACUAAAGGAGCUUUACAGUAAAGGACCACAGUCAGUUUUCUUCUUGGUGAAGUUUUGGGCUGAUCUUAACACAAGCAUCCAGGAUGAAGCUGGCGCGUUUUAUGGAGUUUCAAGCACGUAUGAAUCAAGUGAAAAUAUGACGAUUACWUGCUCAACGAAAGUGUGCUCCUUUGGAAAACAAGUUGUUGAAAAAGUUGAGGUGGUAACAAACCGUGAAACACAAGAGACGCUGUUAUGCUUAGCAUAUGUAUUCGAAGUGUCAACCAGCGAACAUGGCGCCCAACACCACAUCUACAGACUGGUCAAAGACUAAAACAAUUUUACUGUAAUAUGGCUAGCGCUUAUAGUCAACCAACGACAAAGUCUUUUACUACACUUUGUGAAAACUUAUAUUAACAAGCAGUACCAAAAAAACUUGACCAAAAACUAAAACACGACUUAAAACUAUGUUUUACAAUACUAAAGAAAAHCCUGGAGAAUUGUUGAAAAUUCUUCAGUGUGAGUUAACUAUUUUUCUCAGCAACUUUAGAGCGAGCUUUCUUUAGAAAGCUGUUUUCCAUUGUAAUUUCUCUCUAUUUAGCUAUAUAUAAAUAUAUAUAAAAGUAUAUUUUAGAUAAAUUCUUACUAGAAAUAGUUAGGGGUCAUUUGAUAACUCUCUAUGUAAACAAAACACAUAUACCUAUUCUGCUAUGCAUAAUUUUCUAAUUUUUCAAGACUUUUCCAUGUCACCCUUUGCUCAUAGUAUCUUGUUACCUUUGUAUAGCUCCAUCUUUGUACACUUCACUGUAAAAUAUAUAUAUUAUACACUUUAUAUAAAGAA